UUUCUGGGAGCUUGGUUUUUCGUAAACUGAACUGUUAUAGAGGAGACAGGGUGUACUUUGAUGUUGGUGGAUUUCUUCUGUCCUCUUUCACUUCUUCGUAUACGCCACCAGAAUCCAUUGCCCUAACGGCAGUUGAACGCGGGAGCCAUGCCUGUCCCGGCUGGAUACUUCAGCGACUCCUCCGCCGUGGCCUUCGCAUCCUCGGCCUCGCUUAUUCCGCCGCCACCGAUAAACACUCAGCAGCCCGGUGUUGUCACGUCCCUGCUGUAUAGCGGCUCCAAGUUCAGGGGCCACCAGAAAAGCAAGGGGAACUCUUACGACGUGGAGGUUGUUUUGCAGCAUGUCACAAUGGAGGAUUCCUACUUGUGUGGUUACCUGAAGAUAAAAGGACUGACCGAGGAAUACCCGACUCUGACCACGUUCUUCGCUGGAGAGAUCAUCAGCAUGAAGCGGCCAUUUCUCACCCGGAAAUGGGAUGCAGACGAGGACGUGGAUCGUAAGCAUUGGGGCAAGUUCCAGGCCUUCUACCAGUAUGCAAAGACAUUCAACUCGGAUGAUUUUGACUAUGAGGACCUAAAGAACUCAGACUUUAUUUUUAUGAGGUGGAAGGAGCAGUUUCUGGUCCCAGACCACACAAUCAAAGACAUCAGCGGAGCUUCCUUUGCUGGCUUCUACUACAUCUGCUUCCAGAAAUCCACAGCGACGAUUGAGGGCUACUACUACCACAGGAGCUCUGAAUGGUACCAGUCUCUAAACCUCACCCACGUUCCCGAGCACAGCGCAGCCAUCUACGAGUUCCGGUGACCCUGGCCAGCAUUGUGGAUCUUUUUUAGUUUUGUUUUAGUUUGAUGGACAAAGAGCUGAGGCAAAGCUGUGGUCUUCAGAUGCUACUGGGGAGGAAAAGGUUAACCAGUAGAGGGCAGAAUGUGGGCUUUGGUGAAGUUGCAAACUCUCACAUGUUCCCAAUAAGUGAACAGACAGCUGCUUUACCAGUGGAUGAGACACAGGACAAAUGAAUGUAUGGAUGGAUGAGGUAAGAGGAAGGAGAAGAAGAAAGGGCAGUUCUGCUCCCUGGCUGGAGCUUAUAAAGUUAGAACCAGCAGCAAAGACUGGGUGUGGUUCAUAUUGUGUACCCCUUUCUUCAUUUGUUUUAAUGUGUGCUUUAAAAAAAAAAAAUGCUUCGCACAGUAUCUCAAGACACUUUGUAAGCUGAGUUGGAAAUUCCCUCUUGUUUUGCAACUCGAAACGUUUCCAGCUUUCAUCCAGCCGAGGCAGAAUGACUGCGAUUUGACAAGGAUUCCACCGAGGAGUCUGCUCUUAUAAACAUGAACUCUUAAGAAAUAUAUCGCCAAGUCUGUGUGAAAGAAAAGCAAAAGAGAAGAAUCAUGAUUAGCGCUCUUCAGGUGUUAGGUUUGGAGCUUGAACCAGCUCAUAAGCUAGAAUGACAGUAUUUUUUAAAGCUAAGCUGGUUCUGUGUUUGCCUGCAGAGAGGAUGUGUAGUUAUUUUACUGGACACAGAGUGGCACUUUCAGACGUUGCAAUGCGAGUGACGCAUGAAACGAGCUCCUCCGCUGUGUUCAUAAAAUUGCUUGGGAGUUUAUUACCAUGUGAUUGCUGUGGAUCAUGUUCUUUUGAGUUACAUUUGCACAAAGAUGGACUAGUGAGGAGUGUGGAUAGGUUUCCAGGUGGCAAGUCAAGCUUUUGACUAGUUUUUAAAGAUUUGGAGCCAAAACAAUCACAAAGUAUUGAAAAAAGAGUAUUUUUGUCUUGCACUCUGUAUUAAAAAGAAUAACUUUUUACUCCUUAUGUCAUUUUAAAUUAAGGUCCCCACAUUUGUCUCCUUGACUAUGCAACAUUAUCUAAACAUAAAACUUUCAAUUUUCAGAGACAGAAUUUUAUUCUUUCCUUUAUAGUAUAUGGAAAAAAAAUCUAUCUACCUUAAGGAAAUAUUUUUGUUAAGUUGCCUAUGAAAACAUUCCCCUUCGUGUUUCAAUGAAUCAUGUUGCCCUUCUGUGUGAUGGUGCCAUGUUUUUAAAGCUUAUCAGAGUUGUAUUAUAACAGAUGACAAGUGUGUUUGUUUGAGUAGCCUGGAUUUGAUUAAUGGUGUGACUGUAAAAAAGAAAACAUGGAUUGUGGUUAAAAAAAGAAAUGUGUUUUUUGUUUUAAAUUCAUAUAUAGUUUUAUUUCCCAAGAAUAUUUUCAUACCUCAACUCAUAUUUAUGAUCAAGCUGUUUACUGACCAAGGGAUCGUUGUAUCGAGUUGAAUCAAAAUUCAAAGUAUCUGUCAACACACAGGGAAAAAAAAAAUCAAAUAAUAAAAUUUGCAUGGUAAAAGUGUAUUAAAUAGAACACUAGCAGGCACGUUUGCUCUGUACUCCCCCUGGGUUGUUUGUACAAGCUAGUGGUGGUUUUAUCACAGAGUCAACAAAUGAAUGACAUAUAAAAACAUAGGAAUGUGCAUUAGCAGCUAAGUAAAAUGCAGCUUUUGAAGACAAAAAUAAACAGAAUUUUUUUUAUAUGUAAUAUGUAAGUGUACAUAGGUUCAGACCUGUCUUAGUGACGUUAAGGACAAGCCCAAAAUAAAAUCAGACUCUGCAGCCGU